AUGGGCAACAUCGAAACCAGCCAGAUCUUCAACUGCGUCUCGGCCUUCCCCUCGUCCGGCACCUUCACCGUCUCGAGCUACUGGUUCGUCAGCCCCUUCGACUCGGGCACCACCACCAUCUCCGUCUCCGCCGGCGAGACCGUCCGCGCCUACGGCCCCAUCGUCCGCCGCGCCUCCGACGACCCCUCCUGGACUAACGUCCUCCCCACCUCCACCACCACCGUCUCGCCCGGCAGCAGCGCGAACGCCGGAACGGCGGCGGCGACGGCUGGGAGCUCGAAUAGCGGUGGUGGCUCUUCUUCUGACAGCGGGUUGAGCACGGGUGCGAAGGCGGGGAUUGGUGUAGGCGUGGGUGUGGGUGUUUUGUUGAUCGUGGCGGCGUGCGUUGGUGGGUUUAUGAUUGGGAAGAGGGCGAGUCGGAAAGGUGCGGAGGCGGAGGCGGAGAAGAGGAGGCUGGGUGGAGAGUUGGCUAGCGCGCCGGUGCAGGAAUUGUCGGCGGCGCAGACGAGGCAUGAGUUGCAGCCGGCGUAUAUCUCGGAAUUGGAGGGGACGCAGAGAAAGUGA